UAUAUUGCACAGCGAUUAUUUUCUUGUAGAGAUGAUACUACAGAGAAUACUGCAUGAGCAUUUGAUGAGAAAUGGAGUGCCUUUGAGCAAAUGCAUCUUUAGAAACAGUCAACUAGCCUUCAGGCUUUGGCAGACACGAUAUUUCCAUAUCAAAGCUCAGGUGUGGUAGGUAGUGAGAGACUGAGACAGACACACACACACACAAACACACACAAACACACACCCCAGAUGAAAUGUCCACCCUGCAUGCAUCGUACUACACAAUACUCUUUCUCCUUCUUUACAUGGCACAGUUUAGUCUGUCUGUGUCAAUGCAGUCUCUCUCAAUCUAAACUUCACUCUAGAAAAACACACAGAGAAAGGCUUGGAAGGACUCAAGCAAUACUAACACCUUUCUUCUCCACCAAACCACAGUGAACCUGGCUGCAGUAACAGCACCUCACUACAGUAAUACCAACCUCAUACAUUCUGGCAAGAGAAUAUAUCACUCUGUGUUCAGCAUGGCAGGGCUCAGACUUUCUGCCUCAGGCUUUGCUGUAAAAUACAGUGCUUUGAGUUUGAACACUUCAUUAGGAUGCAUUCAUUUUACAACAUUUUUCGCCAGUUGAGAUGCAGUUGACACCAACCUAUGGUAUAGGCCUGACCCUGGCACUGAAGUAUACCUAAUGGACAGAUGUCUUAAAUGUCAAAGUGCGCCUGUACGUAUGUGUGUGUGUGUGUGUGUGUGUGUGUGCGUGUGUGUGGUGUGUGUGUGGAUGUAUGCAUGUGUGUAUGUGAUGUAUACCCUGCAUUAGCUGGCUAUGGAGAGGUUUGUAAUACAGCCAUGGGUUCAGGUUAGAGUGCUAAAGUGCUGCUAACAAGGCCUGUUUAACAUUCUCUCCCCUGCUCAGCAUACAAUUAUUCCACUUCGCUGCCAUUAACAUGUACAGUAGGCUCCCGCUUUUAAUUGGCCUGAUUCUAGUAAUGCCAGAUCAACUUGGAUUUGUUAAUUAGUUUUCCCUUAAAAGUGCCAUCAGGAUAUGAAAUAUUCAUUGAUGUAAGGUGCAGUGAGGACUGUGGGUGGUAUUAGUGAAAAAUGAGUGAGAUGGAUACUCAAAUGCAAUGUGAGAAAUAGUUUGAACCAACAUUGGUCCAUUAUAAGUUGGUUAUUCACAAUUUUUAAGAGCUGUUAUCACAACAAAUGAAGUCUGUCCUGCUAUCAGGACUGUUUCAUCUCCUCACCUUGUCCUCUCUCCUGCCUCUCCACUUGUCGUCUCCUGUUGCCUUGGUUCUCCACCCCUCCCCCACAUCCACCUCUCCUAUCCUUCAUCUUGUUUAAUCACCUCCCCCUCCCCCUUCCCAAUUGAUUUCCUUCUUCACCCUCUACCCUCACCCCAACUCCCACCGUAAUCCUGCCCCUCAUCUCUUCAUCCUCACUUUCUAUGACCUCUGUCCUCUCUAUCUUCACUCCUCACUUUUUUCUCUCUCCUCUCAAUAUCCACCCUAACUCCACUUCUCCACCCCUCUUACAUACCUCCUUCUACAUCUCUUCCUCCUCCUCCUCCUCUUCCUCCUCCUCCUCCUGCUCCUCCUCCACCCCUCCACUUCUCUAAGUGGGCCAGGUGCCUCCUGUGGCUUUCCCUACUCCCUUUCUCAUUUUUACCCUUCCUCUGCUCCCUUUCUCAUUUUUACCCUUCCUCUGCUCCCUUUCUCAUUUCUUAGUACUGGCACCAAUGUCAUCCUCACAUUCCCCUCUGUGUCAGUGGACUCAGUCGGAAGCUACACAAUCAUCUCCUUAACUGCCCUUACUCUCAGUCACCAGGUGGUGCUGAGUUAGAGGUGAAUCCGGGUCACCCUAGUUGUUCAUGGCACAUUUUCCUCUUAAGACUGUGUGGAGGAGAGGCUAACGGACAGCUACCCAGAUGAACAACAGGAAGGAGGACAUGGAGAUCUCGUCCCACUACCGGCAGCUCCUGCGGGAGCUCAACGAGCAGCGGCAACAUGGCAUCCUGUGUGACGCCUGCGUCAUCGUCGACGGCAAGAUCUUCAAGGCCCACAAGAACGUCCUCCUGGGCUCCUCACGCUACUUUAAGACCCUCUACUGCCAGGUGAAGAAAGGGGCAGAGCCUCACCACCAGACCACCGUCACUCACCUGGACAUUGUCACAGCGACAGGCUUCAAAGCAAUCCUCGACUUCAUGUACUCGGCCCACCUGGCCCUGACCAGUAAGAACGUGAUCGAGGUGAUGUCAGCGGCCAGCUACCUACAGAUGACCGAUAUAGUCCAGGCAUGCCACGGUUUCAUCAAAGCCGCGCUGGACAUCAGCAUCCGCUCCGAGCUGGCCGACGAGCUGGUCGACUUUGAGAUGGGCGCUGUGGCCGCCGCGGGGAUGGACGGGAGCGUGGGGGGAGGAGCAGGAGGAGGAGGAGGAGGCCUGGGAGGGACGGCGACAGAAGCUUUGGCCUCCAUCAUGUCGGGCCGCAGCUCCUCCCCCUGGCUGGGCAGACGCACCAGCCCCGCCAACUCCUCCGGCGACUCGGCCAUCGCCAGCUGCCACGAGGGUGGCAGCACCUACGGCAAGGAGGACCAGGAGCCCCCCAAGAGCCACGAGAGUCAGGAGGAGGCCUGCCACGACUCCCAGCCCGCCUGGCCCCACGACUACCGACCCCUCGCCGUCAAAGAGGAGCAGGUGUCCCCUUCCUCGUCCUCCUCUCACCUCAGAGGGGGAGCCGGGGGCGGGGCUCAGGGGGAGCCGGGGGGAGGAGGUGCAGGAAGUGGAGGAGGGGAGGGGCCGUGGCAGCCUUCAGGGUCAGGAAGGAGGAAGAACAGGAAGAACAAGGACACGGUACGGCACAUUACCCAGCAGGUGGAAGGAGAGAGAGACAGCAGGCCGGGGUCUCCACUGACCUCCAUGCUGGCGGUGACGGGGUGGAGCUACAAUGGGCAUGAUAUCCCAGGUGCUGAUGUCACAGAGCCCAACAGUUCUGACAGCCGUGGAGAGCGCCUGGAAUUCUUCCUCAAACAGGAGGAGGCAGGCGAGGCUGGCUUCCUGGGCCCCAGCGAAUCAGAUGAGGCCAGAGGGGGUCCUGGGGGUGGAACCACCGCAUCCGUAGCCAAUCUGAGGGCAGCGUUGAUGAGUAAAAACAGCUUGCUAUCGCUACGUGCAGAGAUGCUGGGAGAUGACAGCCCUCUACUCUAUGAGUACCUGCCUAAAGGUGGACACUCCCUCUCUCGGCUCCGCUCCAGCACCAGCUGCAGCCCGCUCCACCCAGGGGCCACAGGGGCCACAGGGGCCACAUUUGAUAACAAACAAGGGGCUGGCUCCCCUCCUCCUCCUUUUCCUCCUCCUCCUCUUCACCCACUUCUUCCUCCACCACUUCCACCCCCACCACACGCGGUGUCCUCUCCUCCCUCACCCUCGCCCCUCCGCCCUGUGGAGCCUCGGCCCCUGGAGGCCCCUGGUCUGCGGGCUUGGAGUCCCUCAGUGCACUCCGAGGGGCUGGAUAUGGAUGUGGAGGAGGCCCCUGAGGGCCCUGAGCCCUCCACCCCCGGAGAGGAGGACAUGCAAGAUGAAGAUGAAGCUCUGGGAUACAGUACAUCUCUGGAUGGAGACCAGUCUCCUGUAGCGGCAGAUCAGAUGGUGGAGGGCAGGCGUGGUGGGGCAGGAGCCGGGCUGGAGGGCCUGGCUGGAGGGGCUAGGGGGAGGGCUCUGGCAAGACCUGUGGCGUGGCCCCAGGAACUUGCCUGCUCCCUGUGCAAACGGCUGUUCAGCAGCCUGGAGCAGCUCAGGGAGCAUGAGUACCGACACACCCUGUCCCUCAUGGCCCUGUCCAUGGACUGGUCUGACCUCAAGGGCCCCCACCACUUCUCCAGCCCCCUCAGCCACAGCCAGCACUCCCAGUCCCUCAUCCAAGCCCAAUCUCUCUACCGCCCUCGGGAGGGUGAGCCCCCGCCAGGCCGCUACCUCUGCUCCCAGUGCCCGGCUAGCUUUACUCUCAAGUCCAACGCGGACCGUCAUGAGAAGACCAUCCAUUUCAAGAAGAAGCUGAUGCAGUGUGUGUACUGCAUGAAGCACUUCCGGGACCGCACAGACCUGCACAGACACCUGUCGUCAGUGCACUCCAGAGAGAGGGGGCACAGCUGCCCGGCCUGUGCCAAGGCUUUCAGUACCCAGAAGAACCUGGCCACCCACGUGAAGGUGUGCCUCCAGGCAGGGGGAACGGUUGGGGCAGGCCCUGGUGGGGGGGCAGAUCAAAUGUGGAGCUUGCCAGAGAUGAAUGCUGACACCCAUAGUAAUAAUGAUUCCCAUUAUCAUCAUGUCAAUGUGGAAGACUGAGUCUGGAUUGUCAUCUAAGCGUCUGUAUACCCACAAGCAGUGCACUUUACCAUUGAGUAGAAUCUAAAGUAUCUAAAGCAAUCUUAUGCCCAUAGUGGCUUUAUUACACAGGUAAAAAGCACUUAUAAACAUUGUUGUUAUUUCUAUGGAUGUAUUUCUAUGGCCAGCUUUUGUGCGGCUGUAAAAUAAAUAGCAAAUUAGCUAUGCAAUGGUACUUGUUGGGCUGUAUCAUUGGCUGAGAUUCACUCAGCUUAUUCCAGCUCCUGUACCUGUGUCUGUCUGUGUCUGUCUGUGUAUGUUGUGUCUGUGUAUCUUUUGUGCACUGUGAAUGUUGCUGUUGAAGAUGGUUGAAUGAUCAUUUGGAACUCAUGGUAUUACUGACUCGACCGUGCUGUGAAGCUGUAGGUCUCCAGGGACGGCAUGGGGGGCAGGGUGGGGGAUGGUCUCCUCCUCCCUUUCCUCCCCUUCACCCCCAGUCUCCCUCUAUGUCGCCAGUAGACACAGAGCCUAGUCCCUUGUCCUUAUUAGGCAGGGAGAUCUUUAUGGGUCUCUCCUUUACAGAGACCCAGGAACCCUCCACUCUGAGGCUCAGUGGUGUGCUGCUGCUGUCUGCUGCUGUCUGCUGCUGUCUGCUGCUAUCUGCUGCACUCAGCAAACCACAGCUCCUCCUAAAGGAACUCACCUGUACUGCUCUGCCCUCGCUAGGCUUCCACUCGCUCAAGCUGUUCUUCACAAUCCUCUUAAAGCCACGCAUCUUGGAGUGGUCUUGAGAACAUCACUUUAUUGUCUCUUUUGUCCUUUCAUUGGAUUCUGUGCUAUUUCAAUCGUAAGAUCUCAAUUGAUCUGGGGUACAGGCUGACCUGGAGAGCUCCAGCUCAGAACAGCCCCACAGAUCUGCCUUGACAGAGGGCAGAGUGUUAGGGGCACACUGGAACUGACCAUUAGCUCAGUCGUCAUAGUGCUGGAUGGCCCUGCCUUCACUGGGGCUACACUGUCUUCUUAACAGGAUAGAUUAAGAUAUUUGGCAAUGGAUUUCGAAGCCACUUAACAGAGGGACAUAAUGUCUGGGAUUGAGGACGUAUUUGGCUAGGCAUAGAGCCAACACCUUGCUAUAUGCAGCUUUUAAUGUCACCCCUUACAGCCCAAUCUGAUUGACUUUUGACCCCUUAAAUCCAGAGAAAGGAGAAAUUUGUAGCAGGUUGGAGAGGAGAGGAAAGAGGGGGAUUUAAGGACGGUAGGCGAGGGAGUGGAAUGGGCCAAACGAGUGUGAGGAUGAAGAAGGGAAAGAGAGAUGCAGGGAACAGCAGGGAAUCAGACUGUGUGUUUCUCAGGGUGGGAUGCUGGAUGUGAGUGCCAGGGUCAACCUGAGAACUAGGCCAGUCAUCUCCCUCCUGACAGGAAGUUCCACAUAGACAGGCCCAUUUCUGCUCGCUUGUUAUCUGAUGAAAUGACAGAGUGGUGUUGAGGAGUUUGUUUGGAUUUAUAAUUUAAGUGAAUGGUUACUCUAUGAAUUCAUCGGUUUGUUGGUGAAACGGUUGGCUUGUUGAUUAAUAGAGGUCUGGAUGGAACCAAGCAGCAGGAUGUCUCUCUUUGCCUAUACUGAUACUGUGAACACUGCCUGAAGUAAAAAGUAUUCUCAGGGGCCUGAUGUCCUCUGUCACUUCUUGCUUCUGAACUGUAAUGACACAUCCAGGUUUGGUCUUUGCCACAUCACAAGGUGUGAGGAGAAGUUUGGCUGAGAAAGCGGAACUUGGCACCCAUUUAAGGAACUCGUCCACAUACAGGCAUAUAUAAAGAGGAACUCACGUAAAUGUCAAUGUAAAGAUCCCUUUUCUCAGGGAAUGACAUUCCUGGCCUCUGGUCAACCCCAGGAAAACAGACUAUGUUGAAGUGAAACCAGAAACUAGCUAGGAACUCAAAAAUCUUAGCCAGCCGUUUUGGUUGCAUUAUCGUGACUUGUGAUUUUUAAAUUUAUUAUACAGUAUUUUAGCAAUUAUCUCUCUAUGAUGCCCACAUAUAGAUGUGUAUUUUUCUAAAUUUGAAAUUCUGUAUAUUGUGUUCUCAAUAAACUGUAAUGCAAAACUUCAUAUCGGCUAUCGGUCCUUUCUUUUCGA